AGGAAGCGUGGCCUUGCUAAUGAGCAGCUACUCCUGGGAGGGUUUCCCUAUAUGAUCUUACCCCGAACUAUCUAGUCUGUUAGAUCGGCGACCUGGUCCGCAAAUAACUGGACAAAAAUGCGUUUACUAACACCUACUCUAUCAUGCAGUGUGAUGGCCGUCGUCCUUGUACAUAUUGUCGAAAACGAAGAGUGGAAUGUGAAUACAGGAGUCGUACAGACUCAGUAUCAUCGAGCGAGUCAUCUCGUCCGUCAUCGAGGCAAAGCCUUUAUAGAGAGCGCUCUAACCCGCCUGAGCUUUCCGGUACGUUGGACAUGGUCCAUGAUGCAUCUAUCCAACAGAACCUCGCGAGAUCAGCCACUCCCGAAUUUGAUUUCAGGUUUCGACUUGUUCGGGUUCCUGGAUCCGAAGAGAUCCAGGUACCGGCGCACACUUGCAUGCUACUAGAUUGCCAGAAUCGUCUCUCCUUUGUUGGGCGUUCUACUGCUCACUCGUUCAUGCACCAUAUCAGGAACACGAUCGAGAAACGUGAUGGCCCUUCGGAAUUCACGGCAGAUAGUAAUUGGAGCGGUCUACCAGAAAGACUCCCCGUGGCCCCUAGGAUGCAGCCGUUUCUCUCUCCAAGUGCAACUGCGAGUUUGAUCGGAUUCUAUUUCAACCACGUACGGAGCUUCAUCGAUAUUGUCAACCCAGAAGCUGUGAGCUUAACCUUGUAUCAAUUCCAGAAUAAUCCGAAUGAGGUUCAGGGACCCGAUCGGUGCAUUUUCUACUUGGUUCUAGCAGUUGCACUCGCCUUGGAUUUUGGUGAUUCAGCACACUCACCGAGCCCGGAACUUAAACACCAGCUAUUUGAUAUAGCUGAGGGGCUGGCUCACCCAACCCGUACAUUCGAAAAGUCCCAGUACCACGAUGACGUCCUCUGGCCCCUCCAAGCUCUCGCUCUGAUGUCGUUUUUUAUGAUGUCUGUUUCCAUGAGGAACACUGCCUAUGAAUACUGCGGGCGAGCUGUUCGAGUUGCGUAUGCCCUGGGGAUUCAUCGAGGUCAUGAGUCUGAGAUCAGCCAGUUCCCCGCCAACGAGGAACUCAGAGUUUUACGAAGAAACGUUUGGAGAAGUUUGUUUGUCCUAGACAGAUUCCUGGCUGCAACGUUAGGAAGACCGUUCGCCAUCUCUGACAACGAAUACUCCGAAUCCUCCCUUAUGCCACCCAACCAACCAAGCAGUCCCAACAAAGUUCCGAAAAGGGACAUGCUCGACCCCCCUAUUGAUGCAUGUAAAAUGAUUGGUCAUAUCAUGAACAACAUUUACUCAUGCGACGAAGUUGCGAUCGAGAUCCCGAAUCAAAUGCUGGGGUAUCUAGAAGCUCACCCAAGUUUCCAAGAAGAUGGAUUCUUUACGACAAGCAGCUUAAUGCCCACGGUGUCUCAAAUUCAUGUGCAUUUACUUGGGUUUUACGCCAACAUCCUCCUUUGUCGCCCCUUUUUCCUUUUAUCUUUCAUGGGGACGAACGCCUCAGAUGGCAUCCAGACACAGAUCAAUAGACUGUCUGAAAGAUGCGUAUCUCAAUCACUUCAAGCGGUUGAAAUGGUGAAAGGGGGUUUUCAUGCCAACCUCUUGCGCCAUUCUGACCCCUUAGCUCUCUAUAUUUUAUUUGAAGCGGCACUUGUCUUGCUUAGCAGUACCUAUGCAGACAUCUACGCUCAAAAGGAACACUUGUUGUUGGUUGAAGACGCAAUAUUCAUCUUGAAAACAUGGCACGCCUCGAGCCCUUACGCAGAGCAGUUCGCUUCCAAGUUGGAAUUGUUUCGGCAUGAGGUCGAACGCCAAGAACAAGUGAAAGCUAUAAGACAGGCUUCGAGGAGACAGGCUCACAAAGUCGAACGCGAUCCGGUGACAACUUACGAGCCUAGUCAGUAUCGCUCUCCAUUCCAGCAAAUGCCUCGUGGUAGUUUGGUAUCCCCAUGCGAUAGCCGUCGCGUGUCAGGGACUGCAAACCACAUCAUGAUCAAGCAAGAAGCUGGUGGGCACUCGGGCCCCUUGACAUCAAGGCCACUAUUCUCGCCUACCGACUGCAAUAUGGAUCAAUCUCUGUCUUUUGCUGAGUAUUCACAAAGUUCACAUUUCAGUGACCACAGCAUCGACAUGGAUUAGUCUGCCAUGACGUUUUCUUCAAGGUUCAAAUUGGGACGUCCUCGAUGACCUGGCAGCCCAGACAUACAAUGGGCCAUUCCAAACAGUCCAUUUGCAGGAUACACAAUAGUUCUACGCAGCCAAGCAACUGAGAGAAAAGGAGAACUUGAUGGACGAGGGAUCCGGCGGGCAAAUGAAAAUAGCUCGGUAGAAGCGGAUGAGCCUAGCACUUGGCGUAGGAGGAAGGAUAGUUGGUGUGCUGGAUUGGGAGACAGAUGUCAAAUACGGUAUGUCAAUUUAGUCCUAGAAGAGAGUUUUGAGACGCAAUCCAGGAACAUAUGCCACACGUGUCAAUUGAAAUCAUGUCUGGAU